GAUUUCAGAAAUGGAGAUUGGCUUAGCAGUUGGUGGUGCAUUUUUCUCCUCAGCUUUGAAUGUUCUCUUUGAUAGGAUUGCUCCUAACGGUGAUCUGCUCAAGGUGUUUCAGAAGCAUACAGAUGAUGUUCAGGUCUUUGAGAAGCUGGGGGACAUUCUGCUUGGUCUUCAAAUUGUGCUAAGUGAUGCUGAGAAUAAGUUAGCAUCAAAUCAAUUUGUGAGCCAGUGGUUAAAUAAGCUUCAGAGUGCUGUGGACGCUGCUGAAAACUUGAUAGAACAAAUCAAUUAUGAAGCUUUGAGGCUUAAAGUAGAAAGUCAGCUUCAAAACCAGCAACUAAGUGAUGAUUUCUUUCUUAACAUAAAGAAGAAGUUGGAAGACACUAUUAAAAAACUGGAGGUGUUGGAAAAGCAAAUUGGUCGCCUUGGCUUAAAGGAGCAUUUUGUUUCAACUAAACAAGAAACUAGAACACCUUCAACUUCUUUGGUUGAUGAUUCUGAUAUCUUUGGUAUGCAGGAUGAUAUAGAGGAUUUGAUUGACCGUUUAAUAUCUGAAGAUGCAAGUGGAAAAAAGCUAACUGUAGUUCCUAUUGUUGGAAUGGGCGGCCUGGGUACGACAACACUUGCUAAAGCUGUUUACAAUAAUGAGAGG